CAGAAAGCGCAAGACGGCGUAGCGGACAGUUUCCGACCGAUACAAGAGGGCCACUCCACCCCACCGUCCGGCAGUCAGCUCGAACAUCCAGAGAUUGCUUGCUCCCUUAACUUUUGUUUCAAGGGCUGCUUCAUCACUCACUACCCCUCAUCAUCAUUCUGGCAACGAUCUAACGGAGGGGUACAGCGAAGAUGAGUCUGAGGGGCUUACAGAAGAGCAUCGUCCGGGCACCACAGACGUUCAAGGCAAAGUUCAAUAUAGGAGAGCACACCAAGGAUGCAGUCUAUAUUGAUGCAGACCGGCGCUUCCAGGAGUUGGAGAAGGAGACCAAGAAACUGCAUGACGAGUCCAAGAAGUACUUCGAUGCCAUUAAUGGCAUGCUCAACCAUCAAAUCGAGUUUUCCAAGGCCAUGACGGAGCUGUAUAAGCCCAUCUCCGGUCGCGCAUCUGAUCCCAGCACGUACACAAUCGAGGGCAAUCCAGAAGGCAUCAAAGCGUGCGAGGAAUAUGAAGCAGUCGUCCGCGAGCUCCAAGAGAGUCUGCAGCCGGAACUAGAAAUGAUCGAUAGUCGUAUCAUCAGCCCUGCCGACCAGCUGCUCGAAAUCGUUAAGGUCAUCCGCAAGGUGGGCGUCAAGCGUGACCACAAGCAACUGGAUUAUGAUCGACACCGCGCCACGUACAAGAAGCUGCAGGAAAAGAAGGAUAAAUCCUUGAAGGACGAAAAGGCACUCUACAAGGCGGAAAACGAUGUGGAACAAGCUACCCAGGAAUUCAACUACUACAAUGACUUGCUCAAAGAGGAACUACCGAAGCUGUUCCAGCUUGAGGCGGAGUUCAUCAAGCCGCUGUUUCAAUCCUUCUACUACAUGCAACUAAACGUGUUCUACACGAUGCACGAGAAGAUGCAGUCAAUGAACAUCAGCUACUUCGACUUGACUCUCGAUGUCGAAGAGGCGUUCGAGAAGAAGCGUGGCGACGUCAAGGAACGAGCGGAGGCGCUGACUAUCGUUCACUUCAAGACUACGGGUGGACGCAAGCCAGGCAGCAAAUUGACACUACCCGGCAAGGAUAAACUGGCCCGUGAGGAGAAGGGUAGUCUGUCUGGACGCCGCCAGACUCUAGAUUCAACCGACAACCCACCUCCCCCGUACUCUGCUUCUCCCGGAAGCACGUCAACUUUCGUCGGUCGUGCAAACAGUACCGGCGGUAGUGUCCUCUCUGCGGCUGCCAAGUCGAAGGGACCUGCCCCUCCACCACCGAGCAAGCCAUCCCGACUCAGCUAUCAACCUGAGACUGUUACCGCUCUCUACGACUACGAGGCACAGGCAGCUGGGGAUCUCAGCUUCUCGACGGGAGAUGUCAUUGAGAUUGUACACCGCACCGAUAACACAAAUGAAUGGUGGACUGGCAGGAUUGAUGGCAGGGAAGGACAGUUCCCAGCCAAUUACGUGCAAUUGAACUAACAAGCAUUGACUAUUCCAUCCCCAAUCGUCGUUCCUGUUUUCUUUUGGAGAGCUUUCCGUAGCUCUUCCGAUAUCUCUUGAUUUUACAGGAUGUUUUACUGCCAUAGAUAGAACUACUUUGCAUGC